AUGGAAGACACAAAGUUCCUCGCCGUGUUCCGCAUAGUGCGUCACUCCUUGCGUCUGACCGGAAUCGACAUUUUCGCCGAAAAUUGGCGACCCAAUGCGUGGUUCAUUAUGUGUUUAACCAUGUUGGUCAUUCAGCCGUACGUUGCGCUGUAUUUCAUAGUGAAAUACACCGAUUCCAUCAAUCUGUUCGCGGAGUGUAUAUCCAUAAUGAUUUCAACGCUCGAUGCCCUUUUUGGGUUGGUGGAAUUCGUCGUCAACCGUGGGGCCUGGAACUCGGUCAUGCAGGAUGUGCACGACAGACGUUUCAUGUACAAAACGCAGAGGAUGUCCGAACUGUUUGAUCGGUAUUACGAACGGAAUCUGUUCUUCGUGCGGGUACUCUACGCGAUCUACAUGUCCACAUUUUCCUACUGCCUGCUUCCUCUAGUAAUUUCGGAGCCCAGCAAGUUCAACCUCCCGCUUCCUUUCAUUCUGCCUCAUGUUGAUCCGUCCCAGCAAUUCUUCUACCCCCUGAACUACAUUCACCACUUACUUAUUUCACUCGUUAGUCAGCAUGUUUUGAUUGGACAGUGUUCGGCCCUCGUUAUCGGAGUCGUGUCCGCGUGCUGCCAGAUUGAGGCCCUCAAAUUGCAGCUAGAGGAUCUCAACGAGCAAAUCAACGAUCCCGCCGUUAAGGCCGCAACCCUCCGUGAAUCCAUCGUUGAAAUAAUCAAACUGCAUGCUGCCACCAAGGAAUACAUCUCCCGAAUUCAGAAGAAGUAUGCUCUCGUCUAUCUCUCGAUGUUCGUGACCUGUGGCGUAAUCGUUUGCAUGUGUCUCAACGUGAUUGCGGAUGACUUCUACAAUUCGGCUCCCUUCCUGAUGAUGGCGGGUGGCUUCUCGAUGCUGGUGCACUGCUUCUUCGGCAACAAGUUGCUCAUCGCGAACGACAGCCUCCCGGCUGCAAUCUACGGCAUCGAUUGGUACCGGCUACCGAUACCGGAGCAGAAGAUGAUUGGUUUUCUGCUUACCAACGCUCAGCGGGAUGCCCUACUGAAUGGGGUGUUUAUGCCAUUGAAUAUGUCGUCGUAUCUUUCGAUUAUGAAGGCAGCGUUUUCAUACUAUUCGAUUCUAAACUAGAGGAUUCUUAAUCAUCAGUAUCAAGGCAAAAUAUUAUUCACAUAUUCCAUCAC